AUGGAAAUUUUGAAAAGCAAAUCAAGUCAAGUUCCAAGAGUUCGUGUCCAAAUGCUGCCAUCAAAAGAAAAUAUCAAAAUAGGAAGCUUAAAUUUAUCACAGCUAAUUGGAGUUAUAGAAAAAAGAGAAGAGCUGAUGACACCUACUUUCAAGCCAAAAUUUAUUAUGAAGCAUGGUCCUAAAUCUCAGCGAAUAAGUCGAAAUUUAGCAGGACCUCCAAAAGCUGAUGAGAAGACUCAGCAGCUAAUUGAUGUCCGUAGGGCGUAUUUUCGUUCACUAUCAAAUACAAAUCGCAGCUAA